GAGCAAUACCAGACAGAACUGAAGUUAGUCUCUCGGUGUUUUGUAACUGUGACGGUUGUGUGAAAAGUGGAAAAAGUAUAAUCUUUUGAUUAAUUUGAGUGUUUUUUGGAGUUGACGAUGUCGGAUGAAAUUGCAGAGAACGGAACUGCGAACGGGGACGUUCCAGAGAUCGAACUUAUUAUAAAGGCAUCAACCAUCGAUGGCAGGCGGAAAGGUGCGUGCCUUUUCUGCCAGGAGUACUUCAUGGACCUAUACCUCUUGGCAGAACUUAAAACCAUCAGUCUAAAAGUGACAACAGUGGACAUGCAAAAGCCUCCGCCAGACUUCCGCACCAACUUCGAAGCGACACAUCCGCCCAUACUCAUCGACAACGGUCUUGCCAUACUUGAAAAUGAGAAAAUCGAGCGGCAUAUCAUGAAAUCAGUGCCUGGUGGACACAAUCUUUUUGUACAGGACAAAGAAGUGGCGUCGCUGAUCGAGAACCUGUACUCGAAGCUGAAGUUGGUGCUGGUGCGCAAGGACGAGCAAAAGUCGGCGGCGCUGCGCGCGCACCUCGGCCGCAUCGAUGCGCUGCUCGAGCGCAGGGGGACCAGAUUCCUAACAGGCGACACGAUGUGCUGCUUCGACUGCGAGCUGAUGCCGCGCCUCCAACACAUCCGCGUCGCCGGGAAAUACUUCGUCGACUUCGAAAUACCGACGAGUUUCCGCGCACUCUGGCGUUACAUGUACCACAUGUACCAGCUGGACGCCUUCACGCAGAGCUGCCCCGCCGACCAGGACAUCAUCAACCACUACAAGCUGCAACAGUUAUCGUCUAAGGGUCUGAUCAUGUCGCCCACGCUAUCGCGGCAACGCAAAGAGGACGUUAAGCCGCCGGACGCGACGGCGUUAAAAAUGAAGAAACACGAGGAACUCGAGACGCCCACGUUCACGACGUCCAUCCCGAUCGACGUCAACGAACACAACCACUCCGAACAGUGACGUGAUUCGCGCCGAACCUCGGUACAUUAGGCUUUAAGUUGACAUUCUGAUUGUUAUUUGCCAAUACAGUUAUGAUAAUAUAACCCUCACAGACUACACACUUUUGACUGGCCAUAAUAUACUAUUUUUUUUAAUUCAAGUAAGCUAGCUACUAGCUUAGUUAUAUUUACAAGUCAGCCCUCAAGGGCAGUCUGAUCAUCGCUUAC